AAUGGUAGAAUGAAUACUUACAAAAUAUUUACCCAAAUUAUGAAUUACCUAUACUUAAAAUCAGACGCAAGGACGUUAUAAAAGUUCAGUUUUGUGAAUCUUAAGCUUAUUCUGCAGGUUAUCAAACUUACACUCCCGUAAGGCUUUGCAAUCACACAAUGAAUAACAAAGUAACAAUAUUUUUUCACCGGCGUUGUUAGAUAAGCCAUCGCGAUAAAUAUUCUUGAUAAAUUCAAAUUCUGCAAAACAUAAAUUUUUAUUGUAAAUGUUUCUUUCAAGUUGAUUUCUCAACAUGUCACUCCUAAUAAUCAUAUUUUUUGCCUUUUUCGGUAUGAGUUAUGCGAAUGAAAGCCGUAUCGUAGCAUGCCUAGAAGCCAGAUCAGUUGAUCCAGGUAAUCUAUCAAAUUUUUUGAAGAAUGAAGACUUACGAGAAAUUCAGAACAAUUCACAAAAGUGCAUGCUGUUUUGUAUUCUGAAAGAAGCAGUUGAACCACCAUUUAUACAUGAUAAUGGAACAAUAGAUAUUGGUGAGCUGCGGCAACACUUAUUGUCAAUUGCAGAAUUCAAGUAUCAACGACAAGAAAUUCUCACCCUGGCUCAAAUUUGUGCGACUAUUCAAAAUGAAGCAACGUCUGACGAAUGUGAAAAAGCUUACAAUUUUGUGACGUGUUUUCAAAAUGUAAAAAGAAUGUACUGUCAUAAUUUAUUCCCUUGCGGCGAUGAAGAUGAUGAUAAUUGCCAUGUCAAAUGGUUUGAUUUAGAUUUGAGUAAACAAAGUUCUCAGAAAUUCAACUACACUACAGCUACUGACUGGCUAAGAGAUAGAGAUGAAGUAUCCAAAUGUCGAUUUCUUUGCAUGUCACGAAUGCUGAAUUAUGUGGAUGCAGCCGUGAUUAUGAAUCAAAAACUAAUUUCUCGGAUUUCAAAACCAUAUCCUAUGCUGAUCAAAAAAAAGAUUGAGAGUGCUAUUCGAGCAUGCGCUGAAAGAAAUGAACUUGAUCCCUGUGAAAAAUGGUACCAAUUCGCCAGAUGCCAAAUAAAUCUUGUGAAUAAGGUUCAAGAUCUCUUGUAGCCGACAAUCGAGACAUUUUCUUCAGUAUAAACAACUCAUCAUCACAUUUAAAGUUACAUCAUCUGCAUAGUUUUAAAAAUUCAAGAAAAAAUGUAUUAUACUUAACAGUUUUAAUAAAUAAAAACGAAUAAAAACCACAACAAAACAAAAGUGUUGAACAUAUUGACAAGUUUGUACACAGAUUAUAAUAACAAUUAAAAUACAAAACUCUGUUUUUAAAACUUCUGAAUAAAUAUAAAAAUGAACAAUUUUUCGAUACACUCAACAAAAUGGAAAGCAAUAUUUCAUUACUGUUAUACGUACACGAUACAUAGCUACUGAUGAAAUACGAUUAUCUUUACACAAGAUUAUGGUAGAACAAGAAAUGCAUCAAUUUUAGAAAACUGAGAUGAAAACUGGUCAAUUCAUGACGAUGAUGAAAUAAUAUUGUAAAAAUACAGCUAAUAUUAAUGCAUCUCUUUACAGUUUUUAGGACACUUCAAUGGUUUACUAUUUACGUGGAAAAUAUAUAAGUAUAAAUAAGUAUAAAAUAAAUAGUUUGAAAUAAUUA